AUGAAAUCAACCAUGAAUAUUAUGAAAAUAAGCAAAUGUUACCUUCAGUUCUGGAAGCGAAUAUUUAUGUUCUCAUUACUCUUAUUGGUCGUCUUAUUUUAUGCGACCUGUUAUUUCAAACGCGAAAAACAAGUCGUCGAUGUUCUAGAAAAUAAGCUUUCCAUAGCACUUAAAAAUCUAGACGAGGAGCACAGAACCAACGUCGAACUGACACAAAUAAGGAACAACCUAAGUCAAAAACUGAGAUUCGACGAAAAAAAAAUGAAGAAGAAAAAGAAAUUGUUAUAUCCACCGUCAGAAGAGUACGAGUUAUUGCGUCGCCGUAUUUAUUCAAACACUAAAGAAGUUUGGUAUUACAUCGGUUCUACAUUAAGGUCGUUGGCCAACGAAUUCGAAUAUUUGAAAACGAAAGUUUCUAAUAUGAAAACAAUGGUCGACGAACACUAUAGAUCGUUAUUGAGGGAUGUCGCCAAGUUGGCCGAUGUUGACGGUUAUUCACAGUGGAGGUGGAAAGAGUUUCACUCUUUGAGUAGACUGGUCGAAAAGAGACUUCGACAUACGCAGAAUCCACCCGACUGUUCCAAAGCUAGAAAACUCUUGUGCAAUUUCUUCAGCCAUUGCUCACAUAAUAAUUGUUGUGGAUAUGGAUGUCGUGUACACCAUUUCGUCAAGUGCUUGAUUGUCGCCUACGCUACCGAGAGGACAAUGAUUAUAGAGAAUCCUAUACGAUGGAAGUUUACUAGCCGUGGUUUUGAAAAUUUAUUUUUACCACUUAGUGACACUUGUACGUCAAAUGACGGUGAUACAGUUUCGCUUUGGCCAGGCAACGAAACCACUCAAGUCAUAAAUUAUUUUUUGCCUACGCCCGAAUACGCUGACAAACAAUUCCAUCCUCCUUACAUUCCGGUCGUGUUGCCCGAGGACUUAGCUGGACGAAUAAACGUCUUGCACGGCGAUCCCGCUGUAUGGUGGAUAGGCCAGUUCUUCAAAUACAUCUUCCGUCCGCAACCAUCCACUACCAUUGCGUUUAACGAGUUUGCCAAGCGUGUGCAUUUCCAAAAGCCAAUUGUCGGGUUGCAUAUCAGAAGAACGGACAAACUCAUCGGGGAAGCUUCGUUGCACAGACUCGAAGAGUAUAUGUACCACGUUGAAGAAUAUUACAAGCUCAAAGAAUUAAACGGUGAAUACGACACGAAACGCAUUUAUUUGGCCACUGACGAGCCAACAUUGUUUGAUGAAGCUAGACUCAAAUAUCCUGAGUACGAUAUUAUCGGUGAUCCAGAAAUAUCCAAAUCUGCAGCGUCUCUUCAAAAGCGUGAUUUAGACGAUUCGAUUAUGGAUAUCAUCACCGACGUAUAUUUUCUGUCUCAUCACUGCGACUACUUAGUUUGUACUUUUUCGUCAAAUGUGUGCCGGUUAUCCUAUGAAAUUAUGAACAGUCUCCAACCAGAUGCAUCAGCCAAGUUUACUUCCUUAGACGACACAUUUUAUUUUCACGGUCAAGUGCACAGACUGAAUGUAGCUUUAAUAUCUCAUAAAUCAAAAGGACCGGAAGAGAUGGAUCUAGAAGUGGGCGACGUGAUCGAAGUAGCUGGAAAUCAUUGGGACGGUUAUUCAAAGGGGACACAUUUGAGAACAAAUAAAACACUAUUGUAUCCUACUUUUAAGGUAACAACAAAAAUUGAAGUUUUGCCUUUUGCCAGCUAUCCAAAUAUCACUUUAAAUACUUGA